AAGCCUUCAGCUCCUGCAUCUGCAAAAAUGGAGGAGGAAGCAGUCCCUCGUGCCACAGCUUGCACUGUGCAGUCUUCAGCUCUGUCAGCUGUGUCUUCAGUUGGCCAUGUGGCAGAUGAAGCACUGGAAGCCUUGUCCAGUAGCCUAGGAAAGAGGGAGCCUGAUCCAGAUGAAAAGAAACCUGCUGUGGACAAAGUUAAGGAGAAAACCAAACAGGAAGAACGCAAAAAACUGGGUGAAGAUGAAGAAACAAUUCCUCCAGACUACAGAUUAACAGAAGCAAAAGAUAAAGAUGGAAAACCACUCCUACCAAAACCAGAAGAAAAGCCCCAGCCUAUGAGUGAAAAUGAUCUUAUAGAGGGUUUGACAGAAGGAUUUUCAGGCUCUUCUUCUGCAUCGCCAUCUGCACCAUUACCUAUGCCAACUGUAAUAAAGAAAACGACGAAGGGUGAAAAGCCUGCAGAUUCCUCAGACGUUAUCUCUGCUGCUACGGUUUCUUCAGUGCACUCAGCAGCUCUUCCAGCUUCUCCCUCAGGAGGAAAAGAGAUGGAUGAAGCCUUGGAUCUCCUGUCUGAUUCUCUGGGACAGAGGGAACCUGACCCUGAUGAGAACAAACCAGUCGUGGAUAAAGUAAAGGAAAAGGCUAAAUCUGAACACAGAGACAAACUUGGAGAAAGAGAUGAUACUGUCCCACCUGACUAUCGAAAACUUCUGGAGUCAGGCGAGCAGGGUAAACCAGUAAAGCCAACAGCAAAGGAUGAUGUGAAACACAAAGAACAAAAGAAGCCUGCAGAUGACUCUGGAGCUAUCGAUGCCCUAUCAGGUGACUUUGAUACUUGUGCAAAGGCUCCUGUCACUCCACUGCACUUAAAGUGUAGGACAAAAGUGGAAAGGAAGCCAUCACCACUAAACGAACCCCAAAGGAUAAAGGAAAACCCAAAGACCCUAAAACGGCAAAGGGACAGUCCUCCAGCAGCAAAUCUGAGAAGCAGAAAACAAGCUAAACGUUAA